AUCCCUUUUUCCCCUAAUUCCCUUCUCUCCUUACACCAAAUCCCUCUUCAAUUUUGUAGGAAAUUCGCCGUUUUCUUUCAAUUUUUCUUCGCUGCGGUGAUUUCUAAAUGCUAUAAGCCUUGUGGACUUUGCUCGUCUCCGAAGUUUGACAGAAGCAGCUAGACACGACAUGCUUUCUCUCUUGCAAUGGGUGAAAGAAGCUCGGAGAUCAGCAGAACAUCACAUUAGGGGCUUGCUAGCGCUUUGAAUUUGUUGGAGGAGGCAAAUAAUGUUAUUGAUUCGAAUUCCAAAGGUGGACCAAUCUUAUAUGCAGAUCUCAUCCAGUUUGUUCUGCAACAUUAAUAUGAAUACACUUUGGAGGAGAUUUACCAACAAAUUUAGUGAAACAAAUUUGAUAGGCUAUUUGGGAGUUCAGAUGCCUGAUCCAGAGGGAGGGGUGCCUUGGGAGGAUAAAAGCAAGUGUGCAGGAAAUGAAAGACGAAUUUCAAAGGUGUCGGCUUGGUCACUCUCCAGGAUAAUGUGGGUGAUGCAAUUUUUAAUGGUGGUCACAAGUCAAUUCAAUCGAUUGAAGUUUAUCAUGAAGAUCUUUUUGAACAAUUACGUUCAAAUUUACUUGUGAUUUUGUGGAAUUCAUUACUUGUGCACAUCUUGAAAUAUUGUUUUAUUACUGUAUAGUAAGAUGUUGAUUUCUCAAAGUUUAAU